UCCACGAUCAGUUGCGUAAAUAAAAAAAAAAAUAAAGCAAAUAAUACUGCGGUGCAAAUAUUACGAGGCUCUUCACUCUUAUAAUCCGAGAGUUUUAUACAUUACGUGGAAAAUCUUUGUCUACGUUGCUGCUAGCGCUUGGAUAAUCAGUGCACCGGUUAAAACCAUCUCCACAUGGAAAAUGAUAAAUUUUGGAGGGAGUGGGUUUGAAAUCAUAGAGAGGGUUUGAAGGUCAUAUUCUUAAAAUUAAACAGGAAUUCGCUUUUUUAUUCCAAAUAAUUCAUUAUUUGGGUUAUUGAGACUGUACACGUUAACGGCUAAAACCAGUUAUCAAAUAUGAAAUUGUGGGCUGUGCAUACCGAUUUUUGUAUGUUUGACGGUGUAAAAAGAAAAUGUGCAAAGGGGCGGCCUCAACGCAAAUGCCUCAAGCGGUUGGCGCAGCUUACGCUAUGAAGCGGCGCAAAAAUAAUGAUGCGUGCGUUGUUUGUUAUUUCGGGGAAGGUGCUGCUUCUGAGGGUGACGCGCAUGCGGCUUUCAAUUUUGCAGCCACAUUGCAUUGUCCUGUAAUACUUUUCUGUCGCAAUAAUGGCUUUGCUAUUUCGACUCCGGCUCAUGAGCAAUAUAAAGGUGACGGUAUAGCUGGGAGAGGUCCUGGUUAUGGAAUAGCAACUUUACGCGUAGAUGGCACGGAUGUUUUUGCCGUUUACAAUGCCAUGAAGUUGUGUCGAUAAUAUGUUUUGAAAGAAAGUAAACCGGCAGUGUUGGAAGCAAUGGCUUACCGAGUCGGUCACCAUUCGACUUCUGACGAUUCGACAGCAUAUCGUUCAUCUGCCGAAAUUGAGGUGUGGAAUUCGGUCGGGCAUCCAAUUUCCAAAUUGAAAAAUUACAUGGUUAAAAGAAAUUGGUUCAACGAAGCAGAAGAAAAUGAAUUUGUUAAAGACAUACGUAAAAGAGUAUUAAAGCAAAUUUCAAUUUCGGAGAAAAAACUCAAACCCAUCUGGAAAGAAUUAUUUACAGAUGUUUACAAUGACGUUCCAUUGCAUUUAUAGGAACAAAUGAACGAGCUGAAGCGGAAUAUUGAAGAGAACAAAAGUUACUAUCCCGUUAAGAAUUUUAAAGCUUAAAAACUUCAUUUUUUCAAUUAUUUUUCACUACCGUGAAAGAUUCCUCUCGUUAAAUUAUUUAAAUAAUUGGUGGCAAAGUGCUUUACGUAUUUAUUGUUUUGUAAUAUUAUUAGUAUGCGAAUACGAAUUUAUGCAUUGUAAUGAUUAUUGUAUAGCUAAAAUUAAUUCUGUAUCUUAAUUUUCUU